AUGUACAUUGCAGACGUAGUCCACUACAUAUGCGGCAUCUGCAACACACGCCUCGGAAAACCACGCCGCCGAGUCCUCGAACAGUGUUCCGCCGCCAUGUUUUACAACAAAAAAACCCAGCACUGCGGCGGUCUCAACGACACGGUCCCUGAGCUGUCCGCUUCCGACCCAGCGCUCAAUCCUUUGGGCCUCGAGUUUGAAGUCUUGAAGACGGCUUUGGGAUACAUCCUCAUCGAGCCACAGCACCGCCGUCCAAAGCCGAAAGUGAUUUGUUGCGAGCUAUGCGUGGACCAUCUCGGCGAGAAAGAGGCGGGAGUGAGGGAGAAGUGGUGGAGGGCAGAGACAAAGGCGCUGGCGGGUACCAGGAAGAACAAACGACUCGUCCCAGGCCCUUCAACUACGGGAUGGUCUGACAUCUACCGAUGA